AUGUGGUGGUUGGCGCAGGAUGGAUCUUGUCCAACUUGUCGCCGAGCCGUGUCUGCACCACCGCCAAUGAACCAGCCACCUCCUCCAUCGCCGGGGUCAACUACUACUUUCCGUUUUGGCGGGGGUUUUGGAUUCUUGCGGCUUCCAUCGUUCUCCAUCGAAUUUUCUACUGGGUCAACUGCUCUUAACCCUUUUCUGAGACGUCCAACCCAGCACGAUGAUUCACAGUUGACGGGAAUGGCGAAUCAGGUGAACGAGAUGUUUCCGCAAAUCCCCGUUGAGACGAUUAUAGAAGAUCUUCGAGUUACCGGAUCAACCCAAGCCACUAUAGAGAAUAUUCUCGAAGGACGAGUAGGAUUUAUGGCUGGUAUAAUGGGAAACGAUGAUGAUGAACAUCCUUGGCGAGUUAAUGGUGGAGCUGGAGACAGCGAUGAUUUGCUAUUUGAUGAUGAUGAUGAUAGUAGUGGUGAAGACGCUGCUUCGUCAUCAGACUCAGCUUUCACACCUUCUCCUCCUCAACGUACUGCUUCUGGUGACCCCACAAGCAGCUCGACGGCUGAAGAAGAUCUUACGCCAUAUCAAAUUGCAAAGAGAGAAAUGAUAGCAUUGCAUAGAAGGUAAUU